AUGUGUUUUUUAUUCUUACAAACUUUUUUUUCCCUAAAAGGAACAUCGGCAUCCAUUGUAUUGACUCAGAAAAAUGCAGAAACUGCUCAAGUUGGAAAAUCCAUUGAUUUAAGUUGUGAAGUCAGUGGUUAUAAUAUAAACGAUCUCCACAUGGAUUGGAUCAGACAAGCCUCUGGAGGAAACCUGGUUUGGAUCGCAGCAUUUAGAACUGGACAUGGUACUUUUAUUGCUGAUUAUACCUCUUCAUAUGAGGGAAGAUUCACAAUAACAUCUGAUGAGUCCAUAAACACAGCAUAUCUACAAAUAAACAAUCUGAAAGUGGAAGACACGGCCACAUAUUACUGUGCUAGACACACAGCGAUUAAAAAUCAUCAUCUUCCAUACAAAAACAUUAUGACAAUUCCCCUUUCUGACCACAAGGCCGCAGGAGAUACUCAGGAUUGGCCAUUUCUUUCUCAUUUAUAUACAUAA